CCGAUGGGCCGAGGUCGCCCCUCCCUCCAUGGAAGGCGAACCCUCCGAAAGCUGUCAGUGCCGCUCAGAAGCUCGACGGGUGAACACGACGAGUGAGGAACAGAAGACGAAUUCCCCUGAGGACGCGUCAGUUCUGAAGAUAAUUUGCCACUAUUUUUUUUUCUUCCCAAUCACUUUCAGGACAAAAAGGGAACAAAACGCAUUAAGGAUUAACACUAGGAGAUGGAAGGAGAAGAAAGCACAACAGAAGAAAACUCAGAGGGCAAGAGGAACUGAAAAUAACUGAAGAAGAAGAACAAGUCAAAAUGUUCGCAUUCCAACUCUUGGCCAAUUAGGUAUUUUAGAUGUGCAAGAAAAACGACACUGAAUGCCUUGCGGGGCACCACACCGCCGAACAGUGGGCCUGGGUCGGAGUGGAUUCCCUCCUGUUUGUCGUCAUCCUCUGUGGCAACCUCUUUACAGUCUAUGUGCUUUCAAAAAGCUCAAAGCUCAUUUCGAACCGUUUUGUACUGAGCCUUGCCCUCACAGACACCCUCGUCGGGCUCACACUACCCUACCACAUGGCUUUCACAAUCUUCCCGCAGCUCUCUGUCAACAAGACCACCUGCAUACUGAGGUUUGUUUUUGUCCUGUUGGCCUGUUGCUGCUCAAUAUUGAAUGUGACAGCUAUAGCUUUUGACAGGUACCUCGCCAUCAUCCAUCCUUUUAAGUAUGAGACAUUGAUGACUAAAAGGGUCGUUUGGAAGGUGCUGGCGCUUGCUCUUUUCAAUGCGAUUUUGAUGAGCACUGUUCCUAUAUAUUGGAACAAUUGGGAAAAAGCAUCUGUCUGCGAAUUAGGCCAGGUACUCCCAAGGUACUUUUUGAUAGCAGUACUUCUUCCUGCAUUCUUAAUAAUUUGGGCAGUGAUGAUCGCAAUAUAUACGCGCAUAUGGAAGGAGGUGGUGAUCCAAGCAGAAAAGCUCAGAAGGACGAACAUCUGCCACCAGUGCAGGCCAUCUUUUCAGGUCGUUCUGCUCGUGAUGGGCUGCUUCACCAUAUGCUGGUUGCCUUUCCUGGGCGUCGCUUGUGCCCAGGCGGCGGGUUACAAGCAGUGGAUAUCGUCGUCAGUUUACAAGGCGGUGCUCUGUUUGGCAUUGAGCAGUUCGGCGAUCAACCCGCUCAUCUACGCCUGGAAGAACGCAGAGUUCAAGGAGGCAGUACACCUCCUGCUCAAAUGCAAGGGAAAGCACCAGGCGAGCGUCGUCACCAUAGCUGGGAACAAGAACUUCGGAGCUCCACAGACCCAAGUUUAAAGCCAAAUACUUUUUAUAGUUUUAUGAAUUGUGAAAAACAAAACCAGACGUUUGUAGUGAAAAGUGGCUGUGAACUUAUUGUUUUAAUUUGGAUAUAAAAAAAUGACAAUUUUAACUAUUUGAAAUCAAAAGUGGACCACUUUAAACACUUUUUUUUGGUAAUACUUCAGUGCUAGUUUAUUUAUACUUGCUGAUCGGGCAAAUCAUGAUCAAAAUAGUUUGCAAGGUUCUUCUUAAUUUUAUUUAUAUUUCAAUUAUUCUCAUGGUAAAGUUAAAAAAGAGAGAAAGAAACGAACAAAGCAGAAGAAAAGUUAAUAAGUUUUUCAAAGCAAAGUAGGAAUAUUUCAUAAAAGUACAAUUAUAUAAAGAAAUACUUUCUCUUUUAGAAAAAAAAUUAAUAAUAAUAAAAAAAGUAGUAGAGCUUUUUUCCCUUCUACGUGAUAAAAGCCCAGGCUUAAAAGCUUCCCCUACAAUUUUAUUUUACUUUUUAAUUUCUUGAGGAUACCAGAAGGGAAAAAGAGUGCGUUAAGCUGUGACAAAUCUGUGAUUCGAGGCUAGAGGCAGGAAAGGCGCGAAGGUUCGGGAAAUCAGGGGGACAGAAUUUUCCCCCUUGGUAUAGACGUUUUUCCUUUUAACUGUGAUUUCCAAUCUACUUUUCAUUGUAUAUCGAAGAAGUAAACCAUGUUUACUAUAAAUGUUUUUUAUAUAGAAUCUAUGAAAGAUGUUUUCGAUUGAAAUUCCCCGAAAAGUUGUAAAUUAACGUCGGUGUUUGUUACAAACUGUGGUGCAAGCUUUAUUCAAUUAAAAUAAUAAAUGUUAAUGCAUGAUAAACAUCUUGAAUAUCGUAUAGAAGAGUGUGUUAAAACAAAUUCCGUGAUUUUUGGGGGAAGAGACAGGAAAAGUUUGUACUCUCGUUCAACCGAUUGAGAUGUUUUAAUCAAGACGUUUUCCUUUUAUCUGUGAUUUUCCAUUCUAAUUUUUAUUGUAAAUGUAAUUCCAUAAAGUGAAUCACUAAAAUUUACUAUAAAUGUUUAAAUAUAAAGUGUAUAACGAA